AUGCGCAUAUGGAAGCAGGCUAAAAAUUCUUCAGCCUACGACAAAGUUAAUGUUACUCAUCAAAAAACAAAAAAUUCUCGGCGGAAAAGAAUUGAAAUCAAUUGCGAGCAAUUUUGGAGGAUACCUUUAUCUCGAAGAACAAAUAUUCGAUCGAUAGCAUGUGCUAUGCAUAUGAGUAAAUCAACUGUGCAGCGCAAACACAAAGAAGGUGAUUUUCGCAAACAUACAAAUCCAUUGAAACCACAUUUGAAAGACUCUAAUAAAAUUGCAAGAGUUCGGUUUUGCCUGUCCAUGAUUGAUAAAAAUAGCGGAGGUACUCCUAAAUUUUUGGACAUGUUUAACAUGAUACAUAUAGAUGAAAAGUGGUUCUAUAUCACUAAGAAGGCUGAGAAGUUCUAUCUUUUGCCGGAAGAAAAUGACCCUGAAAGAACCUGUAAAAGCAAAAAUUUCACAACAAAGGUUAUGUUCUUGACGGCUAUUGCACGGCCAAGGUUUGACGCAAAUGGUUAUGAGGUAUUUUCAGGAAAGCUUGGAACUUUUCCAUUCGUCACUAAGCAGCCGGCUAAAAGGAGCAGCGUGAAUAGGAUGGAAGGGACUCUUAAAACCAAGCCGAUAACUUCGGACAAUGCUAAGAUGCACAUCGAUCCUAACGAUGAAGAAUUUCGAUCAGCGGUCUCAAAAUAUGGUUUGAAUGUCCAGUUAAUAUGUCAACCUCCAAAUUCCCCUGACCUGAAUGUUUUGGACCUUGAUUUCUUUAGUGCGAUUCAGUCACAACAGCACCAGGAGGCUCCUAAAACAAUUGAUGAUUUAAUCAAUGUGGUUGACAAGGCAUAUGAUGAGUUCCCGUCCAUUAAGUCGAAUCAUAUAUUUCUAACUUUACAGCAGUGUAUGACUGAAAAACUGAAAUGUAGGGGUUCUUUCAGCUAUAAAAUCCCACACAUGGGGAAGGUAUCUUUAGAAAGGAACGGGAAACUGCCACUUUAG